AAUGGACGUGUGUAUAGGCUACACGUAAGGGAUGUGCCAAUAUUUCUUAGUAUCCUUUAUAUAUGUAAACACUUCGAGUAGCGCGCAAAAGCGCAGCGGUAUAUAAUCCAUAAUGCCAUGUGACACUCGGCACUGAAACGGCACGCUUUUCGUGAGCGCUUAUUACACCGAGAGAUGUCCACCUUUUAAGACACGAAGUAAGGCGAGAACGAUACCAUGACGACUCCAUCUGUAUUUGGCACUGACUGAUCUGAGAGAGAGCAGGAAAUGGGGGUUUUGCUUUUCUUUCUCUUUGCACUUCUCGGAGACAACAACAGGCUCACAAGGCUAGGCAAACUGGUGCAUGCCCAGUCUAAUGAGCGCCGGGUCCUGGCACACAUGCCUGGUGACAUUACCAUUGGGGCACUCUUCUCUGUGCACCACCAGCCACCAGCAGACAAGGUCCAUGAGAGGAAAUGUGGUGCAGUGCGUGAGCAGUAUGGCAUUCAGCGUGUGGAGGCUAUGAUGCACACUCUUGAUCGCAUCAAUGCUGACCCCAACAUCCUGCCCAACAUUACACUGGGCUGCGAGAUCCGAGACUCAUGUUGGCACUCAGCAGUGGCACUGGAACAGAGCAUAGAGUUUAUCCGUGACACCCUGGUCUCCAAUGAGGAGGAGGAGAGCAUGUCCAGGUGCUCAGCUAAUGGUGGAGGGAUACCCAUGAAAGGAAAGAAACCCAUAGUGGGCCUCAUUGGGCCUGGCUCCAGCUCGGUGGCCAUCCAGGUGCAAAAUCUUCUUCAGCUUUUCAACAUACCCCAAAUUGCCUACUCAGCCACCAGUAUGGAUCUGAGCGAUAAGUCCUUGUAUAAGUAUUUCAUGAGGGUGGUGCCAUCGGAUGCUCAGCAGGCCAGAGCAAUGGUGGACAUCGUCAAAAGAUACAACUGGACUUAUGUAUCAGCCAUACACACAGAGGGAAACUAUGGUGAGAGUGGAAUGGAGGCAUUCAAAGAGAUGGCAGCCAAGGAGGGCAUCUGUAUUGCACAUUCAGAUAAGAUCUACAGUAACGCCGGAGACCAGAGCUUCGACCGGCUGUUGGAAAAACUGCGCAGUCACCUGCCCAAAGCACGUGUGGUGGCAUGCUUCUGUGAAGGAAUGACUGUGCGUGGCAUUCUUAAAGCCAUGAGACGACGUCGGCUAGUGGGAGAGUUCCUUUUGGUUGGCAGUGAUGGCUGGGCCGAUCGCUAUGAUGUGACAGAUGGCUAUCAGAGAGAGGCUGCUGGAGGCAUCACUAUCAAACUGCAAUCUGCUUAUGUCACCUGGUUUGAUGAUUACUACCUGAACCUGCAGCCUGACACAAACCAGCGUAACCCUUGGUUCCUUGAAUUCUGGCAACAUCGCUUUCAAUGCCGACUCAAGGGCCACACGCAGGAGAACACAAAAUUCAACCGCACCUGCACCAAGAAAGAGUCUCUCCGGCUCCACUAUGCUCAGGACACUAAGAUGGGCUUUGUCAUCAAUGCCAUCUACAGCAUGGCUUACGGUCUACACACCAUGCAGAAAGUAGUGUGUCCUGGCUAUGUUGGUCUGUGUGAUGCAAUGAGGCCCAUUGAUGGCCGUAAGCUUCUCGACUUCCUCAUGAGGACCAAUUUCACUGGAGUAUCAGGAGAGGUGGUGCUAUUUGACGAGAAUGGAGAUUCUCCAGGGAGAUAUGAAAUCAUGAACUUCAAACAGAUGAGUGAAGAAGACUACAGCUACAUUCAUGUUGGCAGCUGGGACAACAGUGGGCUAAAGAUGGACGAUGAUGAGAUCUGGGCCAACAGCAGUGCGAUCAUUCACUCAGUCUGCAGUGACCCCUGUGAAAGGGCUCAGAUUAAGGUGAUCCGUAAAGGUGAGGUUAGCUGCUGCUGGACCUGUACUCCAUGUAAAGAGAAUGAGUAUGUGUUUGAUGAGUACACCUGUCGGGCCUGUGAGCUGGGAUCCUGGCCAACAGAUGACCUCACAGGGUGUGAGCCAAUACCGGUGCAUUAUUUACAGUGGGGAGACCCUGAACCUAUUGCUGCCGUGGCCUUCGCUUGCCUUGGUCUUCUAGCCACCAUCUUUGUGACACUCGUUUUCAUCAGGUUCCAUGAUACACCAGUUGUGAAAUCCUCCAGCAGGGAGCUUUGCUUCAUCAUCCUGGCUGGCAUCUGUCUGGGCUACCUUUGCACUUUUUGCCUCAUUGUAAAGCCACAUGUAGUGUACUGCUACCUACAGAGACUAGGCAUCGGCCUUUCCCCUGCUAUGAGCUACUCUGCUCUGGUCACCAAGACCAAUCGCAUCGCUCGCAUCUUGGCUGGCAGCAAGAAGAAAAUCUGUACCAAGAAGCCUCGCUUUAUGAGUGCUUGUGCUCAGUUGAUCAUAGCUUUCAUCCUCAUUCUUCUGCAAUUGGCCAUCAUAGUGGCACUCUUUAUCAUGGAGCCACCUCAGGUGAUCUAUGACUACCCAUCAAUCCGUGAGGUGCACCUCAUCUGUAAUACAACAACACUGGGGGUUGUAGCACCAUUGGGCUACAAUGGGCUACUCAUCCUCAGCUGCACCUUUUAUGCCUUCAAGACUCGUAAUGUCCCUGCCAACUUCAAUGAGGCCAAAUACAUCGCCUUCACCAUGUACACCACCUGCAUUAUCUGGCUGGCCUUUGUGCCUAUCUAUUUUGGCUCCAACUACAAAAUAAUCACCAUGUGCUUUUCAGUCAGUCUCAGUGCCACCACAGCCUUGUGCUGCAUGUUUGUGCCAAAGGUCUAUAUCAUGCUCGCCAAGCCAGAGCGUAAUGUGCGCAGUGCAUUUACCACAUCUACUGUGGUAAGGAUGCACGUGGGUGAUGGCAAGUCGGCUUCGUCAGCUAGCCGUUCCAGCAGUUUGGCUAAACUGUGGAAACGCCGUGGAUCAGGAGCAGACAAUGUCAGUUCAAAUGGCAAAACGGUUACUUGGGCACAAAAUGAGAGAGGCUACCGGCCAAAUCUGUGGAAGAGGAUCUCCAUUCACAUCAAGAGAAAAGAAGAGGUCAAUCAGACAGCUAUCAUCAAACCUUUCUCCAAGGGUUGUGAUGCACCAUCAGACACUGGGAUAAAGGUGUCAUAUGAGAGGCCACAGAGUGGCCAGCGCUACCCUGUUACCUACUGCCCACACACACCCUCUCCACUGCCCACUGUGUGCCAGCGUGGUGCAUUGCAGCAGUGCUGUGAAGAUGAGGAGGAUGUUAGAGAAAGGCCUUUGCCAGUGGCAGCAUUACCUACGUAUCUUACAGAGCGUUUACAGCAAGGUGGGCCGUUGCAGACAUCCAUUAUGGACCAGAUCAGCAGCGUGGUGAACCGCUUCACUGCGAACAUCAGCGAGCUCAACAGCAUGAUGCUGCCAGCUGGCUCUACUUCAGGCAGUACCAUAAAUGCCUCUGGCCCCUGCUCACCCUCCUUCAAGUUGCUUCCACGAGAGAUGCAGCGCUCAACAACGGUAACCACCUAUGCAGAGGUGGUGGCUGCAGCUAACGCUACCCCUCGCUCAGCGGUUGGCAUAGCAGGAGGGAUAGUCACAGGUGGAAGCAGCAGGGCAUCCCCUGCUAGUCUCUCUAAUAGCACCUAUGACUCCUUAUAUGCAGUCAGGACCACAGAGUUUGAGGAGCUGGCUGCACUAACACCUCCAUCCCCAUUCAGGGACUCCUCAGUGGGCUCAGCUAGUGACUCUCCCACCUGUCCAGACUCAGAGCUGGCUCUGUGUGAGCACAAUUCCCCAAAGUAUGACCGACUGAUGCUGCGCAACUACAGCCAGAGCUCCUCUUCACUAUAAAUAGCCUUCCGGGUGAUCAAAUCUCAUGCUACCAAACUAACCACCAGUGGCAUGCGGGCAUUUUAAAUACUGUUAUGACAUUAAUUUCAAAUCAGGUUUUACUACACUGUUGCAAAGUAUUGAUCCACAUUGCUGCAGAACUCAUGAGAAUUGGAACCAAGGCUAUACUGAGAAAAAGAUCAGGGAUAAAACAGUGCUUGAGGAACCUCUGCAGGGAUUUACUGAAAGUAGCUGAAUGGCUUCUUUAAGUUUGAACAGCAUGGACUAAAAUGUUCUUUGUAAGCAUUUGAAUGCAGUGCCCCAACAGACAUGUCAAAGCUUGAAGGCCUUUAGUGCACAAAUGCUUUUGUUUAGGAAAGCUCAGUGAACUAUGGAUUGAGAUAAUAUACAGUGCUUGACAUUCAGCCAGUGAUCACAUUCCAACAAUGUUACACAAUGAUACAUGUAAGAUAAUACCUUAUGUGACAAUAUGGAGGCAUUGCAAUAUUUGUUGGUUGUGUAUAAUGCUGUCCUUUGACUAAAAUUCUUGCAUACUAUAGCGCAUAUAUAAUGUACAGUAUAUCUUGUUUUAGUUAGUAUGGGACCCAUUCUACUGAACUAUUCUUUAAACGGCAUUAUUUUCCAGGUGACUGUGUUUCAGUGACAAGUACCACUAAACAGUCUUGUUUAACACUUCAGAUCUAAUUGUUUAGUGAACAGAAAUGCAGAGAAAAAGACAGAAGUCAUAUUUUAAAGAUGUUAUUUUAAUUUAAUAGAAUUUACUGUUAGGCUGGCUGCGUGAUGUGCAACAUAAAGAAAGCAAGGCUUAGUGAAUUAGUAGACAAGCAUUCAAGUGCACAUGCUUUGCAUUUUGUUACAAUGUUCUUUAUAGUUAUUAUGAACUUUUGAAUGUGAAUCAGUCAGAUAUGCUUUCUUUUAACCCUAAUGAAAUUACAUAUGUCUGUUUAUAGACAUUAUUUGGACCAAACAGAUUCUCUUUUAAAAAUAUUUUUUAUUCAAGGCAGUGCUUAAACUUUCUACUAAUCGUGUGCACUGUGCAUAUCUCUACAACCUUUAGUCUAUUCAACAUUGUGCAAUAUAUUUACUGAAUGGAUGUACUGUAAUGAUCAUUUAUGUCUGCAUGCAGAACACUGCCAACAGCUGACUCUAUAAGUGUUAUCUUUUGUAUAUUUUCUAUAAGCAUUUUGCAUCUUUUGCUCUUUGCCUUUUUUUCAGAGAAUGUAGAUAUGGCCUAUAAGUGUGAGGUAUUUUUCUACAACAUUUGUGUUGAUUUAGCUAGUAAUAUUACUGUAAAACAGUGAGCUGAUAAUGAUCAGUUUAUGCUUUGUGAUAGUGGAAUGAAUGUAUCUUGUAAAAGCUCUUAUAAUAGUUUUCAAAUUAUCUAUACAGUGUGAAAAUUAGCUCUAUUCGUUUUUUAAAAAUUAUUAUUAUUCUGUUGCUUUGUGUGAAAAAAAAUAAAUAGGCUGCUAUUGAAUAUCAUUAAAAGGACAUAAUUGCAAGGAUCUAAUUUCUGUUCAGUAGCAUGUUAGGAAGAUAAAUGGUUAAUUGAUUGUUGUAGGCUAAACUGGAUUCUGACUCUGCGCUUUCUUUUUCUUUCUGUUCCUCUUUGCAUUUCUUGACACCUCCCUCGCGGGGGCCCGUCACGCGCGUGGGUAUACAUGUGCACAUAUGACUGGGCAAUUACAGUGCUGGUCUCAAAUGUAAUUUGCUGAGCCGCACUCGCAGCCAUUGAAAAUAUUAAUACCAACAAUCACUUAA